AUGUUAUAUUGCCAAUGGUAUCUGCGGAAAUCCUUUCCAUCCUUCUUGAGCAUUUCGCCAACAUCUAGCCUGCUUCCUAUCUUCGCGUCGUUGUUCCCAGACUUUGUGGGUCCAGCUCUCUCCCCCGGCGUGCCAUUACCCCUGGAGAGCUUCAACAUCCGCUGCCUAGAGCUCAUGAACCACCCCUUGAGGGCGUUCAAGGACGACUUUGCCGCGCGGCUUGACAUUGCAAAUAAAACGAAUGGCUACAUUUAG